AUGGAGUAUCCAGGGAGAAGACUGCUUUCAGCGUUCCUGCUUUUCCUGCCUCUUCUGUAUGUCAGAUGUCUCUCCAAUCAAAAAACUACAGUCUCCUGGUGUGUGCUGUCUGAUGAUGAGGAGCAGAAGUGUCUGGAUUUGGCCGGAAACGCUACAGCCCGAAAUGUAAAAGGAACACUGCAGUGUGUCCGUGGCUUAAACACCAGGGACUGUAUGGAAAAAAUCAAGAAUGGGACUGCAGAUGCAGCCUCCAUGUUUGGAGAUGACAUCUAUGCUGCUGGUUUCUGCCAUGGCCUGGAGCUUGCUGCAGGAGAGUCCUACAAUGGUGUAGAUGGUAUCAGCUACUAUGUGGUGGCAAUGGCACGCCGCUCCUCCUCAGACCUGUCCCUGCUUGAGAUGCAUGAGCGCAGCUCUUGUCACCCCGGCAUUCGAACCACAGUGGGGUGGACUGUUCCCAUUGGCUAUUUGGUCAACACAUCCCAAAUCAGUGUAGGAGAGCAGUGCAACUUCCCAAGAGUGGUGGGGAACUUCUUCGGUUAUAGCUGCGUGCCGGGCAUUAAGGAUCCCCAGCACGAUCCCAGAGGCAACAAUCCAAAGAACCUCUGCGAGGCCUGUAUAGGAGACGAGAACGACAGACACAUCUGCGCCAACAACCACAGAGAGCGGCAUUAUGGAGAAUCGGGAGCUCUGAGGUGCGUGGCUGAGAACCUCGGCGACGUGGCUUUUGUCAAACACACAACAGUCUUUGACAAUUUGGAUGGUAAGAACCAAGAGUCCUGGGCCCUGGAUCUGGAGGUGGAGGACCUGAAGCUGCUGUGUCCUGAUGGAACGGAUGCCGGUCUGGAGGAGUAUGAACGAUGCCACAUUGCCGCAGUCCCUGCCAACGCUGUGGUGGUGCGUAUGGAGGACAAGUGCCGUGUCUGGAAGUAUCUGGAACGCUUACAGAAUGUGUUUGGCAAUGCCACGGAGGGCUUCAGCCUGUUCAGCUCAGCAGGCUAUGGCCAAUCCGAUCUGCUGUUCAGUGAUGCCACCCACCACCUGCAGAGAGUUCUGGGUAGCUACACCUCUUGGCUGGGGCCCACUUAUACCACUGUGCUGCAAGCCUUCGAGUGUGAGGGCUUCUGCUGAUGGAAGAGGAGGAAGAUAUCCAGCACAUCAUCUUCCACCCCAUCCCGC